AUGACCAUGACCAUGUUCUGCACAGAUUCGCAGUCGCGAUGGCGGACGGCGCUCGUUGGCGGAUUGCUGGCAACACUGUCCCUGUUGCCCGGCAGCGCGGCGCAGGCGAAGACACAGGCCGACUACUUCAUACACGAGCUUCCGGGCGCGCCACAGCCGCAGUUGAAGAUGCAUGCAGGACACAUCGAAGUCGAUGCCGCGCACAACGGCAACCUGUUCUUCUGGCACUACCAGAAUCGCCACAUCGCCAACCGGCAGCGCACCGUCCUAUGGCUCAACGGCGGGCCCGGCUGCUCCUCGAUGGACGGCGCAAUGAUGGAAAUCGGUCCCUACAGAGUGACGGAAGACGGAAACCUCAAAUACAACAACGGCUCCUGGGACGAGUUCGCCAAUCUGCUCUUUGUGGACCAGCCUGUGGGCACCGGCUUCAGCUACGUGAACACGGACAGCUAUCUGACCGAGCUCGAGCAGAUGGCAGAACACAUGGUCAUCUUCCUGGAGAAGUGGUUUGCGCUGUUCCCGGAGUACGAGCAUGACGAUUUUUACAUUGCAGGAGAGUCCUACGCAGGCCAGCACAUACCGCAUAUUGCACGUGCAAUCCUCAAACGAAACAAGAACCAAGGCAACCGCGCAUGGUCGCUCAAGGGCCUGCUCAUUGGAAAUGGCUGGAUCUCGCCCGUCGAUCAAUACCUUGCAUACCUUCCCUUUGCAUAUCAAAACGGCCUGAUUGAGGCAGACUCCGAGUCUGCCAGACGAGUGGAGCAACAGCAGUCUGUUUGUGUCGAGGCACUCAACAAUGGCGGCAAGGACCGCGUCGACACACCAGUUUGUGAGCAGAUCAUGGUUACCAUCCUAGAAGAGACAAAAGACAAAUCAGCCGAUCCCAUGGAACAGUGCGUCAACAUGUACGACAUUCGCUUGCGAGAUGACUCCUCCUGCGGUAUGAACUGGCCUCCGGAUCUGAAGCAGGUCACUCCCUACCUUCGCCGCCAGGAUGUUAUCAACGCUCUCCACAUCAACCCCGACAAGAAGACUGGAUGGCAGGAAUGCAACGGCGCGGUGACUGGCCACUUCCGCGCCAAGAACAGCGAGCCUGCCAUCAGACUCCUCCCGGAUCUGCUCGCUGAGGUGCCCAUUACCCUCUUUUCUGGAGACAAGGAUAUGAUCUGCAACCAUGUUGGCACAGAAGCUAUGAUCGAUAAGAUGAGCUGGAACGGCGGUAAGGGCUUUGAGCUUUCUCCCGGUGUUCUUUCUUCCAAGCGCGAUUGGGCAUUUGAAGGCGAGCCGGCUGGUACUUACCGGGAGGCGCGCAACUUGACCUACGUUGUCUUUUACAACUCGAGCCACAUGGUUCCGUUUGAUUAUCCCAGGCGGACUCGCGACAUGCUUGAUCGUUUCAUGGGGGUGGACAUCGGCGAGAUUGGUGGAGAUCCAGCAGAUAGUGUCAUUGACGGCGAGAAGGGCCCGCUGACGAGUGUGGGUGGUCACCCCAACUCUACAAAAGCCGAAGAGGAUAAAGCACAGGCGCUGAAGGAGGCUGAGUGGAAAGCAUACUAUCGCUCUGGCGAGGUUGCUCUCGUAGUCGUCAUCAUUGUCGCCAUCCUCUGGGCCACCUUCCUCUGGCGUAGUCGACGCCGUAGCAGUGGCUACCAGGGAGCGGACGGCGAUGAAGGCCGGGAAUCUCUGCUCACCGGCAUGGGCCUGGACAACUUCAGACGAAAGGAACGAAGAGCGGAUUUGGAGUCUGCAGAUUUUGAUGAACGAGAGCUGGACGAUCUGCACAAUGUGCCUAAGAAGCCAUCGAAUGGGUACUCGGAUAAGACUCGAGAACCCCAGAACGAUUCCACGUUCAGCUUAGGCGUGGACAGCGACGAUGAAGCAGGAAGCAGCGAGCAAGGCCGCAGGAAAGAGUAA